CUCGCGCCCCGGAUCACGAGUCCUCGUGUAUUUACUAUUAUUUUCUUUUUCUAUUUUCUCACACCCUCUGACUUUGAGAUAUUGGAGUUGCAGGAGUAUUGAAAAACCAAGCAGAAUCCCCCAAUUCUUUCUUCCCCAAGCCCCGCCACAAACCCUUUCUCUUCCCCCACUCAUCAACGCCGAAAGAAAUAAGGAAAGCCAUGAAAAGGGAGCUGGAUCCUAAUCUCCAGUCUCUGACUCCUCCAGACUCUAAUUCCAUGACUGCCACUGCCAAAGCCAAGAUGUGUUGGGAAGAUGAGGUCCAACCAGACUGUGGCAUGGACGAACUCUUGGCUGUGUUGGGGUACCAGGUGAGGUCCUCCGACAUGGCCGAGGUUGCCCAGAAGCUCGAACUGCUGGACGAUUUGAUGGCCGGUAAUGCUCAUGGAGAUGGCCUCUCUCAACUCGCAUCCGAGACCGUUCAUUACAACCCCUCCGAUCUAUCAACAUGGCUACAGAGCAUGCUCUCCGAGUUCAACCCACUUGCUGUCAAUGGUUUCGAUCCCAUGGUGCCACACGCCACCGGCGCCGUCGCUCCAUCCGCUCCUCUCGACGAUUCUCUACUUGCUCCGGCUGAAUCAUCCACCAUCACCUCCAUUGAUUUUGAUCAACAAAACGGUAUUAAUCACACCCGAGUCUUCGAAGAUUCAUCUUCUUCCGAUUACGAUCUUAAAGCUAUUCCUGGUAAGGCCAUGUAUAGCCAACCCCAAAGCCGGACUGCCCAGAUCGAAUCUCCAUCUUUAAGAGACGCCAAACGGUUGAAACCCUCUUCAGCUUCAAGGUCAAACCAAGAUGUAUUAUUCCCAAGUCCUUCUAGUAUGGGCGGCGGUUUCACUGUUCCCUCCGAGUCAACUCGCUCAGUCGUCCUCGGGGACAACCAAGAGAACGGAAUUCGCCUCGUCCACGCUUUGGUAGCCUGCGCCGAGGCCGUACAACAGAACAACCUCAAGCUAGCCGAAGCCCUUAUCAAGCAGAUCGGAUUCCUAGCCGUUUCUCAAGCCGGCGCGAUGCGAAAGGUAGCAACAUACUUCGCCGAAGCCCUGGCUCGUCGAAUCUACCGACUGUAUCCUCAGAAUGCUCUCGACCACUCGCUCUCGGAUAUCCUCCUGAUGCACUUCUACGAGUCCUGCCCCUACCUGAAAUUCGCUCACUUCACGGCUAAUCAAGCCAUUCUCGAAGCUUUCGAGGGAAAAAAACGCGUCCACGUUAUCGACUUCUCCAUGAACCAAGGGAUGCAGUGGCCAGCUCUAAUGCAAGCUUUGGCUCUCCGUCCUGGUGGACCCCCCGUUUUCCGCUUAACUGGUAUUGGCCCUCCUUCUCCGGACAAUUCCGAUCAUCUUCAGGAAGUUGGCUGGAAGCUGGCCCAGUUGGCCGAGACGAUUGAUGUUGAGUUUGAGUACAGAGGGUUCGUUGCUAACAGCCUGGCAGAUCUCGACGCCUCCAUGCUCGAUCUCCGGCCCAGUGAGGUCGAGUCGGUUGCGGUUAACUCGGUAUUCGACCUGCACAAGCUGCUGGCUCGGCCCGGAGCGAUCGAGAAAGUGUUGUCCGUGGUGAAGAAAAUGAAGCCGGAGAUCAUGACGGUGGUCGAGCUGGAAGCAAAUCAUAACGGACCGGUCUUCAUGGACCGGUUCACGGAAUCGCUGCACUAUUACUCCACCAUGUUCGACUCGCUGGAAGGGUCUGUGAGCAAUCAGGACAAGGCGAUGUCGGAGGUGUACUUGGGUAAGCAGAUACUCAACGUGGUGGCGUGUGAAGGAGCUGAACGUUUGGAACGGCACGAGACGUCGGCUCAGUGGCGUACUCGGCUGUGCUCGGCCGGGUUUGCGCCGGUCUAUCUGGGGUCAAACGCGUUCAAGCAAGCGAGCAUGUUGCUGGACCUGUUCGCCGGCCGCGAAGGCUACAGAGUGGAAGAGAACAGUGGAUGUCUGAUGCUGGGUUGGCACACUCGUCCACUCAUUGCCACCUCGGCGUGGAAGCUCGCCGGCAAAGCCACAGUAGCACACUGAGUCAACACAGCGAGCCCGAUCAACCCAAUUCCGAUUCCAGUGAGCCCCACCCACCAUUAACCUAGUGGACUGGACCGGGGCAUCUGUCAAAUUGUGCGUUGCUGAGUGGCAUGGCUUACCUCUGACACAGACUGAGUGAGACCCACCACUUCCCUCGUUCCCGUGUUCUAGUCUUUUAUUUCUCUGUUUUCUUGGGUUUUUUUUUGGGAUGUAAUCUUUUCUAAUUUUCAGGAUGAAUCAAAAGAGUUUAAUGUAUUAAUAUUCAUGUACAGUAUAAAUUUUCUUUCUGGUGUUAUAAAAAGUUUUGGUCAUAUA